UGUUUUGUGAAGAUGCCAGUUAUGUGUUAUUCAGGUUCCCGUGCGGCUGUCGGGGGUUUCGGUGGUCAGCGGUAUAAGCCCGAAAUAAAAUCCGCUAUGUGUCGGGCUCUUUUCGCCAGGCAGCUCCUAUAAGUGUGCUGCAACCCCCGAAAAGCCUGUAACCGAUUUUUAUCGAAACAACCAUAGAGAGAUCCGGAGCUUCGGCGGGGUUUUCAUGUGUUUUUGUAGGCACUGGUCAGGGGGUGCGGCCUACUAGAAACCGCGGAUCGGCGAGAGGAUUUACGGCCUUCAGAAACACCAUAAUCUCUAUUUUCAAUUGAACGUCUCUUCCUAAAAAUAAACAUGCGUGGAACUCGCUUCUGGAAAAGCAGGCACAGAGCAGCUUUAAAGAUCACUUGUGUCAGCCAGCUAAAGUUCUCACUUGUGGAAAAAAUGGACUUCAACUGCGGGAGAUCAGACAAUCAUAUGGACAGAGAUGAAGAAGCUCAAGUCCUUUUAAACUUUUGGAUGUGGCUCACAUCCAUGUCAGUUCUUUGUUAAAAUCAAACCAUAACGUGUUGUUGACACGUUUCACUUUUUUCUCCAUUUGUCGUCCUCACAAGAGCUGUCAAAAUAAGUUCCUCUCUGCCUCCCCACCUUUCCCAUCGCGGGCAGCCCAGCAAUCCCUUCCCCCUGAAUUCAUCUGGAAAGAGGUCCAACUACAGCUCAAAGCUGAAUCCAUACACUAGAGCCCGGAUGACGGAGGCGUGGCAGCAGCAUGCUGUUGCCCCGCCUCCAGUGGUGCACACCAUCCCACCAGGGGCAGAUGCACUGGGCUGCACCGUCUAUGGCAUCGUCCUCCAGCCGGACACGACAUUGCAGCAACAACAGCAGCAGCAACAACAACAGCAGCAGCACCACAGUCAGCAACACAACCAACAGCAGCAGCACCCGGCACAAUCACAGCAGCCCUCACUGCAUGUAGGCAAUGAGGGAGGACAUAAAUGUGGUGCUUGUGGCCAUGACAUCUCCCAUUUGGCUAAUCCACAUGAGCACCAGUGCAUGGUAAGCCAAGACCGUUCAUUUCAGUGCACGCAGUGUCUAAAGAUCUUCCACCAAGCCACCGACCUGUUGGAGCACCAAUGCGUGCAGGUGGAACAGAAACCCUUUGUUUGUGGAGUGUGCAAAAUGGGCUUCUCCCUGCUAACUUCAUUAGCACAGCAUCACAAUGCACAUAACAGCGGCAACCCCAUGAAGUGCUCUAUAUGUGAAAAAACCUAUCGGCCGGGCUCUGGAAACGCCACCCCAACUUCAUCAUCGGCUACCCCAGGGCAGCCAUCAAAUGAUGAAGCAUCGUCCAGUGGCAGCGCUGCUGUUGGGACAUCAGGCCAGCCUACGUUUGAGCCUUCACAUCCUGACAGACCCUACAAGUGUUCAGUGUGCACCAAGGGCUUCCGUCACUUAUCUGAGCUGACCCGUCACGAACGUGUCCACACUGGUGAAAAGCCGUUUAAAUGUGAAACAUGCGACAAAAGCUUCAGCCAGUCAUCUCAUCUAGCCCACCACCAGCGUACCCACAGCUCUGAACGGCCAUUCAAGUGCGCAGUGUGCGAAAAGAGCUUCAAGCAUCGCUCCCAUCUAGUCCGUCACAUGUAUGCCCACUCGGGCGAGCACUUGUUCAAGUGCAACCUUUGCGAGUUGCAUUUCAAAGAGUCUUCCGAGCUCCUCCAUCACCAGUGUCAGCCUCAGGGUGCUCGGCCAUUUCGCUGUGCCACUUGUGGGAAGGGAUUCAAGCGUCCUUCCGACCUGAGGCAACACGAACGCACUCACUCGGAGGAACGCCCAUUCCACUGUGAAGACUGCCAGAUGAGCUUUAAACAACAAUACGCCCUGGUGCGCCACCGACGUACACACAAGCCCUCCGCUGACCGCCCUUUCAAAUGCAACCUGUGCGACAAGGGCUUCCUGCAGCCGUCACAUCUGUUGUACCACCAGCAUGUUCAUGGCAUGGACAACCUCUUCAAGUGUGCAUCGUGUGGCAAGGGCUUCAGCCAGUCCGGGGAGCUGCUUCGUCACAAAUGUGGUGAGUCUUCCUCAACACCCACAAAUCCAGACAAGCCCUACAAGUGUGACGUGUGCGGAAAGGCUUACAAGAAGGCCACAACUCUACAGCGGCAUCAGAACUCCCACUGCACAGAGAAACCUCUCAAGUGCUCGCUGUGUGACCGACGCUUCCUUUCCUCCUCAGAGUUUGUGCAGCAUCGAUGCGACCCAUCCCGGGAGAAACCCCUGAAGUGUCCGGACUGUGAGAAGCGCUUCAAGUAUUCCUCAGAGAUGCAGCGCCACAGGCGCGUCCACACUGGAGAGAAGCCUUACAAGUGUGCCAGCUGUGACAAGGGCUUCAAGCAGCGUGAACAUCUAGCCAAGCAUCAAAGUGUGCAUGCAAGAGAUGCUCAGUUUAAAUGUGUAUGGUGUGGAGAGCGCUUUGCUGAUCUAGGGGCCCUUCAGGAGCACACUGUCCAGCACACAGCUGAAGGUGGGGGCUACCCUGUGUCCUCUCUCAUUCAAUAACUUUUGCCCCUAGCUAAGAUUUGAAUUGAAUUAGCAAUCCUACCAAACUACCCUGGUCAAUUUAAUCCUUACAAGGCCCAGUAACCACACGAUACCUCAUUUUGUGAAAAAUGUGCAUAUGCACAAGUAGUUAUCCCUCAAGCAGCAUACUUUGAAUGAGUUUGAUUGGCAACAAGUUAAAGAUGAAUUAUCAGUUGUUGGUUUAUAUCUGAAUCCUGGGAAAUAGAUCUACGAAGUCUAUUCUAUACAGCACUGUGACUACAGUCGGAAGGUAUUUGACCUGCAUCAUGACUUGUUGAACAGAUGUGGCUCACAAUAGAUGAGUUUCCAAUGUCAAAAAAAAGUGUGUGUGCUAGUGCGUGCCAGGGCCAGACACCUUUACGUUGUCCUUCCCGAGUAUGAUCAGGCACCUCGGGACUUUCUCAAGGUCAACAGUCAGGUUUUUAAGGCCUGCUAAAUACCUUUGUUCAAAAGCAGACUGGAUGUGGAUUAAUUGAAAUGAGACUUGUCAAUUAUGGUUUUGCCCAUACUCAAACUUGUUCCUCUACUUUUAACCUAUCCCAAUGACACACAAGCCCCUUUCACACAGUGAUACCAGUAAAAAUCCGGAAAAUUACCAGAAUGACUUUACAGGUGCUGUUCACACAGGCAAGGACGUUCCGGAAAGGACCAUACACACAUCCAUUCCAAAAUACCAGUAAAUUCUGACAUCUCUAACCAAAAAUGAGCUUUUGUCUUAAACUAGAAGGAGGUCAGUCCUUUCUUGAUGGUUUCACUUUUAUUUAAAACUUUAGCAUUCAUGUAACUGCUUUUGUCCCAGAGACAGACCAAAUAACUAGGAACAAAAUUCGCCAACAUUACCAUCCGGCAGAACAACAGCUUAACAGCUUUGUUUACAUUGUGAGCAACUUCGAUAAAAAGAAAUGUUGGAUAAUUUUCGCAUAUUGAGAUGUGGCCUACAUUUGUGUUUGUGCUGCAGCUUGAGAUCAUUUUUAAAACGAAGGUCUACCUGUGUUGUAGGCUACUCAAAUCUGACUCACAGAAGUGCUCCUUCUCGUGCACGCAGCUGAUCGCAGAGUUGGCAGGUAAACUCAGCCGUUUAUCAUUCAUCAAGCAUUUUAUCAAUAAUUGUUUUCCAAAGAUCUCAAGGUCAUAGAAACGUAAACUGACUAUCAAGCAGCAGCUAAAUGUGUCCGGAGAAAGAUUUAAAGCUGUCAGUACAUUCUAAACGUGAACACGCUCUUUCCGGCAAUUCUCCUUCUGUGUUCACAUAGAGUCUCUUUCCGGAAAAUUGCCAAAACAAAUUUACUCGUAUUUUUAAAAAGGGCCAGUUUACACAUGUUCCCUUUCUGGAAAUUCCUUUGCUGGUAAUUUUCCAGAAAAAGUCUGCAUGUGUGAAAGGGGCUACAGCAGUGGUUUCAAAUUUAAUUCCCGGAGGGCCACAGGUCUUCAUAAUUUAGCACCAACCACCUCUAACUCACACCUGCUUAAUAGUCUCUGGUAGUCUUGAAGACAUUGAUUAGUUUGAUCAGCUGUGUUUGAUUAGGGUUGGAGCAAAAUUGCAGAGCUGCGACCCUCCAGGAAUCGAGUUUGAGACCUAUAAGCUACAGUGAGCAUACACCUGGAGCAGUGGGCAGCUUUUGAUUCCAAUCCCCAAAGAGCAAUUAGGGCAGGGGUGCCCAGACUUGGUCCUGGAGGGCCGGUAUCCUGCUAAGUUUAGUUCCAACCCCAAUUAGACACACCUGGGCUAGCUAAUCACACUCUAACUAGGCUUUCUAGAAACAUCCUUGCAGGUGUUUUGAGGCAAGUUGGAGCUAAAACCUGCAGGACACCAGCCCUACAGAAUCGAGUUUGGCCACCCUUGAAUUAGGGGUUAGGUGAGUUGCUCAGGGGCACCUCAGCUGGAUAUUGAAGAUAAAGAAAACAGUUCAUUCACUUAUCCCAUCUUCAACUCUUGGCAGGACUAGGAAUUGAACCUGCAACCUUCUGAUUACAAGUCCUACUCCUAUUAAGUCUCUAUUAAACCACAUCUGCCCCCUGUUAAGGAAUAACUGAAACAACUUUGGAUUGCAAUUGUAUGAAGGAGAAAUCGAUCACAAUUACACAUCAUGCUAUUGCCCCUGCCUGGCCGGUGGUUAGUCCUGGCUCACACUAGACCUACGGUGGAAAAGUGGCUAAUACUCCUUUUAGAUUUCAAUACCACAAGACAAAAAAUGAUUUGUUCUGCAACAGUUUGUUCAAUCUUGAACCCUCACAUUAAAAACAGCUGUCCAUUUAUAGUAUUGCAUUGAAGUACUAGAUGAGUUACUGCUUACUUUGUGCCUCUAUGUAAUAACUCUACUCCGAUCACUAGCCUUGCUCAAAAACGAGUACAUUUUAAUGCACAUUUGGAGAACCUCCAACAGCCAACUGUGUGUUUAGUUUGCCCCACAGCUAAAGACAAAACAAAAUGGGGGACGGAGUUGUGCUGUCAUGAACUGUCGAAACUGUCUGUAUAUAUCAAUGUUGACUUUCCCCUCCUUGUGGCAACUAAUGGUAUGUACCAAAAACCAUCAUCGUACUGUACCACACCCUAAUGGGACAGAUUGUUAACCAGCAGAAGUAUAACGACCUCAGACGGUCUCUACAUUUCACUGAGAUUAUACGUAAAUAUAUAGAAUCUAUAUAGAAAUGUAAACUUCAAUCUUGUAUACAAACGGUUCAUAUUACCACAAGAAUCAGUUCAGCUGUCCUGACAAAUUGCCUGAAAACCUGAAAAGGCUUCCUGUAUUACUGUAUGUACAUAGUUAGUAUGUAUGCAACUUGUUUACCAGUCCUGUCAUUAGAUAUUGUAUUGUCUUUUCUUAAACUGCACCGCAAUUUUAUACGAUUUUUUUCUUCAUGUGUAGUUCAUACAAUUAUUUACGUUUUGAUUUGCCUUUUAAAGAUUAUUUUCAGUUUUUAAGAUGUAGUUUUUGAUUGUAAAUGGUGUGUUUAAGGUUGUGUGAAAGUUGGAUCCGUUUUUAUAAAGGUUUUUUGCCCCUAGCCCCACUCUUUACCUAACAGGACUCAUGUAUUUGUUGUAUAGUAACCUAAAGUGUCAUCUUUACUCUGCUGUAUAGAUUUAUCCAUUUGAUUAAUCUCUUAAUCUGCCAACAUCCUGUCUUGCCUGCAGUCAUUUGUACUUUCACAACAUUACAGUCAGUCUUCUUCAAAUUAUUUUAUAAAAUCUAUAGACUGUAAGUUCUUUAAGAUACAUUUUUAGUUUCCCUCAAAAUCCAGGAGGGAAAGUGCUUACUUUGGGCCUCUAAGGCCUUAAUUGCACGUUAUUCAGAUGUUUCUAUUAGUAUAUUUCUUUGUUGCAUACUCACAAGUGCGUUCAUUUUAGAUGUUUGUUUUUUUUGUACUGACAUUUACUACAAUUGUAUUUACAUUUUAUUUAAAGGGUAAAUGUAACUCAUACAAGAGUAAUAUUAGUUUUUCCAAGAAGCUACCACUUUCUAUGAGCCACAAUUAAAUUGAACCCAAAAAAUGUCAGUUUUUAUGUACCCCCACCAAUCCCAAUUUCACAUGAUCUUACCCAGGGGUACCUAAACUCGCUCUUGGAGGGCCGGCGUUCUGCCAAUUUUAGCUCCUACUUGCUUUACCACACCUAUAAGAGCUUGAUUAGCUGGCCCAGGUAUGUUUGUUUGGGGUUGAAACUAAACUUUGCAUUACACUGGCCCUUCUAGGACCGAGUUUGGGCACCCCUGAUCUUACCCGUGGCAAAGUGACAUUGUCAGCUCUGUUGCUUAUGCAGUAUUACCCAUUGAGAAACAUCGUCCCCUUUCACACUUAGGUUUUCCCUAGUACUGUACAGCAGGGUUAGAGGUCAUGGUGAUCCUUUGGCCUUAAGCAGAGGUGUCUAGUUUCACUGUAGAACCCUUUGGCACCAUUUUAUUUUCGCUUUAAGGUAUCUAUUCUUUGUUUUAAUUAUGAAGGGGCUUUUUUGUUGCUGUAGGCAUUAAGAAUCAAAGAGCAGUCGGAUUUGAAAAGUAUAUUGUGUUUUUUUGUUUAUGCUUUCACAUUUAUAUAUUAAGUUUUUUAUUAAUAUUGUUUAAAAUGUCUAUAUAAAUAUCUAUAUUCUUGGCAGAAGUGUCAAGACCACAGAGAAAUGUUACAUUUAAUGGCUUUUCUCUGGUUUUGAGACCUCUUCACCCGUGCAUGCCUGCUGUGUUAGUUCCCGUUAUCUGUUCCAAGUUUUUGCGCUUCCGAGCGCACGUACUUCACCUUAGCUUUUUUUCAAAUUGUAGAUUGUGAAUGAGCUAGUAAGAAAACUUCAUGUGGCGGUUGAUGUGACAUUAAUGCUGAAAUAUCUGUAUGUAGCAUUUAAUAUACACAGCACUAACUAAUAAACCUUUUCAUUAAUAA